GUGCAGAGUCAAUAAAGUUUAUUCAAACAAACAACGUGACGUCACGACACAUAAUGGCAGCCAGCGGCACAGCUGUGACGGUCCUCACUCCGAAUGGAAGGAGACAAGCAGUCAAAGUGUCUCCGAACACGCUGUUGUUACAGGUGCUGGAGGACGUCUGCAAAAAGCACGGAUUCAACCCGGACGAUCACGGCUUGAAGUUCCAGAGGACUGUCGUCGACCUCACGGUGCCAUGGAGGUUCGCCAACCUGCCCAACAAUGCAAAACUGGAAAUGGUGACAAGUGCAAGGAAACAAGCAGCACCGGACAGCCAGGUGCGGAUUGCGCUUCAGAUGGAAGACGGCUCUCGACUCCAAAGUUCCUUCUCUUGUGGACAGAGCCUGUGGGACCUGCUCACACACUUCCCUCAGAUCAGCGUGUCGGAGAAGUCUGACUCAGGAUCCACCCCUGUGUGUGUUUACAUGAGAGAUGAGGUCAGUGGGGAAGAUGCAUUAAAGAAGGCCACUCUGAAGUCACUGGGUCUCACAGGAGGAAGUGCCAUUGUCAGGUUUUUACUCAAAAAGGACAAAUCUUCUGGAGAGGUAGACGACAGAGAGGCCACUGAGAGAGCUGCAAUUCCAACCACUCCUGUUGCAAAGGAACCCACACAGAGUUCGUCAUCUCGGCCCGAUCCUCCUCCAUCACAUCCAGACAAGUCGACAACAGACGUGCCAGUAAAAAAUUCAAGCCGCGAUAGGCCAAUGGAAACUCAACCUGCACCAACUCCUCCCUCCGCCUCUGCCACAAGCACGCUUCCUGUUCAACAGGAAGGUCCUGUUGAACAGGAAGAGGUCACGAAUCCCCAGGAUGCGUUUUUUUCAAAAGCCCCCCCAGUCGAGAGAGGCUCGCCUGAGGAAGAUGGCGAGCAAGCAGGGCCGUCAGGACUGAGCUCCCAUCCACCUUCUUCCUCCUACUGUGCUCCCUCAGCCCCUUUCAUUCCCUUCUCUGGAGGUGGUCAGCGCCUCGGGGGCCCCGGGGGCCUCGGGGGCUCUGGGGGAGGAGCAGUCGGACGUUCACUAUCUUCAUCCUCACCUUUGUCGGCUCUGAAUGCUGCAGUAGAAUCACCCAAAGCCAAGAAAGCCAAAUCCAGCUCCGGUUCUAGCACCAAGUGUCAUGUCGCUGCCAACCACCCAGAUGAGGACAUGGAUCAUGGGGAGGAGUUCUUGGAGCCGGUGGAGAGGGAGCCUCUCAUUUACCACCUGGACUCAAUGUCCCGUCAGCAGGAGGACCGCGGGAAUCUGCCCGAUGAGUUCUUUGAAAUAACAGUGGACGACGUGCGGAAGCGCUUCGCCCAGCUGAAGAGCGAGAGGAAGUUAUUGGAGGAGGCUCCAAUGAUGACUCAAUCUCUGAGAGAAUCCCAGAUGAAGGAGAAGAUGAACCGAUAUCCCAAAGUGGUCCUGAGGGUCCAGUUUCCAGACAGACAUGUCCUACAAGGCUUCUUUAGGCCCCUGGAGACAGUUGGUACUGUGAGGCACUUUGUGAAGAGUCACCUGGAGAAUCCUCUGCUCAGUUUCUACCUGUUCAUCACGCCCCCAAAAACCAUUCUGGACGACCCUUCAGCGACACUUUUCCAGGCUGACUUGUUUCCCGGGGCGCUGGUGUACUUCGGCUCUGAUGACAAGACAGACUUAUACAUGAAGAGGGAACUCGUCGAAUCCUCGGUCUCGGCCUUGCAAGCAAAUGAGUCCAUUGCAAGCUGCAUGGUCCGGUCCCCGACGCCCUCAUCCAGCUCUGCGGGCUCCGAGCAGCAGCUGCCUCCUCCUGAACAGACGUCGGACACCAGCGAACCCACACUGGACGAGCGAGACCCGUCUGCACAAACCCAGGCUUCUAAAACUACCAAAUCUGACCCAGGCAAGGUUCCCAAGUGGCUCAAGCUUCCAGGUAAAAAAUAAUGCUGCGAGGACUGACCACAGCAGAAGUCUGACCAGCUCCGCUUCACAGACUGAACAGAGCACUUAAAUUUUUGCUGCGAUUCAAAAAAAAAAAAAAAAAGGCUCAACACUGUAACCGCAGUGGACUUAAUCCGGAUGCCUAAUUCAACUAGUUUUUUAAAAACGAUCAAAAUAAUGAGCUAAGCGUCUUGAGUGGAUAGUGAAUAUUUAAUUGCCGUGAAGAUGGAUGAUGUUUCAUUCCGGGUGAUCUCUGGGAGGAGAGUGUGCGCUGGAGAGGCUGCUUUUAUUCAGCUGGUGAAAAAAUUGCAAACGAGUGAAUAAAGAUUGUUGUACUAAAA